AUGCUGGAGACAGAAUCGUGCCCUUCCCGGGUUUUGUCGCCUUUCCGCGAGGAAAGUGGUGACGAAGAACUGUCCGUUCUUCCGAGGCAUACAAAGGUUGUUGUUACUGGUAAUAACAGAACAAAGAGUGUUUUGGUUGGUCUACAGGGGGUUGUGAAAAAGGCUGUUGGGCUUGGUGGUUGGCAUUGGCUGGUUUUGAAGAACGGUGUUGAAGUUAAGCUCCAGAGAAAUGCUUUAAGCGUUUUAGAACCUCCUACUGGAAACGAACAAGAUUUCGAUUACGAUUUUGAUGAUUCAAGCAGUGGGUCUGAUAUUGGUGAGAAAGACCUAAAGGAACAUAAUCCAUUCUCAUCUGGCUUCCACUUCACCAAGAUUAGCAAGCCUAGAGUUAGGUAUAGUAGGCCGUGGUCCCCACCCGUGUCUACAAAGUCAAUUAACCGAACUAGCUGCAGAGAGUUUCAGCUCAAAUGUCGUGCUAACCAAUCGAGAGUGAAUUUUGCAAAGCUUGGAAGUGAAUCACUUCGGAGAUAUUUGCGAAGCUUUCAACUUGCACAUAUGAAUCCUAACCCGACAAAGGAACAACUGGUUAAUGCUAUCCAGCAGCAUUUCUCUUUACAGCAGCAAGUGGAUGAGGUACAGGUGAUAGUGGAAUUCAUCCGCUCGGCCAAGAGAUUGCAAUCAGCUUGCUCGAAGAGAAUGGCGUGA